CCGAAUUAGUAAGCUGCGUUGGAUGGACGACACCGGACGAAUUAUUCACAUCUGCAGAUGAUCACAACAUUCUUCGAUGGAAUCUGAUCGGCAACCAUGAAACAUCAAAUGUUAUGACAUUACCAAAAGACUGUUUUCCUACUGGAAUGCACUGGUUUCCUAAAACUAGUACAGGUGGAGGAGCCAAAAAAUCUGCUUCUGAUGUUUUCGUUCUCACCUCUACAGAUGGAAAGUUCCGAUUAAUCAGCAGAACAGGACGUAUUGAAAAGACAGUUGAAGCUCAUAAAGGUGCUGUAUUGUGUGGACAAUGGAGUCCAGAUGGCACAGCUUUAGUUACAGCUGGUGAAGAUGGACAAGUUAAGAUUUGGUCGAGGAGUGGAAUGUUAAGAUCUACAUUAACACAAAACAGUUUACCAGUAUAUUCUGUAUCGUGGGGACCAGAUGCUGAUCAAGUUCUAUUUACUAAUGGCAAACAGCUGGUGCUAAAACCAUUACAAGCUAAUGCUAAACCUACUAUGUGGAAAGGCAGUGAUGGAAUUAUAUUGGUUGUAGAUUGGAAUCCUGUAAAUAAUUUAAUUAUUUCUGCUGGAGAAGAUUGUAGAUACAGAGUAUGGGAUACAUAUGGUCGUAUGAUAUAUAACAGUGCAGCACAUGAUUACCCUAUAACAUCAGCAUCUUGGACACCAGACGGAGAAAUGUUCGCUGUUGGAUCGUUUAAUACUUUAAGAUUAUGUGAUAGAAGUGGGUGGUCGUAUGCUUUAGAGAAACCGAAUACUGGUAGUAUAUUUAGUCUAGCUUGGUCUAGUGAUGGUACUCAAGUAGCAGGUGCUUGUGGAAAUGGACAAGUUCUUAUUGCAAAUGUUAUUGAGAGACGAUUAGAAUGGAAGAAUUUUGAAGCUACAGUAAAUGCUAGUAAACAGAUAAUUGUUAAGAAUGUUAUGAACGAUACAUUAGAGAAGUUAGAUUUUCGUGAUCGUAUUGUUAAAGUAUCGUUGUCGUUUAACCACCUAGUUGUAGCCACGUCAUCACAGUGUUAUGUUUACAGUUCGAGAAAUUGGAAUACACCAAUGAUCUUUGACCUGAAAGAAGGAAGUGUCACAUUAAUUAAACAAGCUGAAAAACAUUUUGUGAUGGUUGAUGGAGGUGGUGUCUAUGUAUAUUCAUAUGAUGGACGUCUAGUAUGUUCACCCAGAUAUCAGGGAAUGAAAGCCGAUAUACUUAAUACACAAACAAUAUCCCUUAGUAAUGAUACUAUAGCCAUCAGAGAUAAAACAGACGAAAAAUUAAUCUAUGUAUUUGAUGCACAAACUGGUAAAGUAAUGGGAGAUGGUAAACCUAUUUCACAUAAGUUAGAGGUUAUAGAAGUUGCCUUAGAUCAGUGUGGACCAACCGGAGAGCGUCGUUUGGCAAUCAUAGAUAGAAAUAGAGAUCUACAUAUGACGUCUGUUCGUGUUUUUGGUGCGGAAAGAAAAUCAGUCAAAUUAGGUCCAAUGAUCCAUUCUAUGGCAUGGAAUGAUGAAACUAAUAUGUUAGCUGGUAUGACUGAUGGUAAAAUAUUAGUAUGGUAUUAUCCGAAUACUGUAUACGUAGAUAAAGAUCUUCUAACUAGUACACAAUAUCAACGAGAUUCAGCGGAGUUUGGUAAAUCACCUCAACUUCUGGCGUUCGUUGGUAACCAUCUUAUAUUACGACGUUCUGAAGGUUCGUUAGUCAGUACAUCUAUAUCACCGUACAUAGCAGUUCUACAUGAUUAUGUUAAUGGGUCAAGAUGGGAAGAUGCCGUCAGACUCUGUAGGUUUGUUAAGGAUGACAGUUUAUGGUCAUGUUUAGCCGCCAUGGCAGCUUAUUCUAAAGAUUUAAACACAGCAGAAGUAGCUUAUGCUGCAAUUAAAGAGGUUUGUUGUCAGUUAUCUUAUAUCAUCGUUUAA